GGGGUGCGGGGCGACGUCUGGCUGAAGCCGUUCCGGGUGCGCGGAGGGAGGGGCGGCUGCGGGGCGCCCGCUGGAAGGGCCCGGCCCCCGCCGGUCCUGCCCUGCGGUUCGCUGAUGCUCUCCCAGGUUCGGGCACGCGCUCACCCCCUUCCCCCCCGAGCACACGAACGGGGGUGGGGGCGGAGGAGCUCUGCCCACCGCUGGGGCCGUGGCCGCCGUCUGCUUUCCCAUCACAAAAGCUGAGGAGCCGCUUUUCCCUUCGUCCCGGCCGCCGCUCCCGGCAACGGGGCCCGGAGGCGGCAGAGCUGCGCGGAGCAGCGGUGAUGGCCGGAGGCGGCGUCGAUGCUGAUGAAGCUGGGGCAGGAAUUGCCUUGGCCUGAUCUUUCCGUGCAGAUUUUCCUGUUUCAGGGAGCUUUGCCCAGCGCAGGUCUCGGCUGCCCGGCGGUGCAAAGAGGAAAAAUGAAACUCUCUCCGUCUCCACGCACGUGUGCCUGCGUCACCGUCAGCAUCCAGCAGCGCUGGGGAGAGCUUGCCAAGGGGGAAACAAUGGGGCUGGAACUCGUUCCUCGGGGCGGGCGGGCAGAGCCGUUUCAGUGCUGAUGAGGUGCCCUCGUGUUGGGCUCAGCACCGCAAACACCCGGUCCUGGUGCGUCCCGGGGCGCUGCUGUCCCGGCGGUGGCCGCUGCCAGCGAGGACGGAUGGGUUUCCCCGAUGAGGGUUUGGCUCGCUUUGGUGGCCAAGCUGGCGUAUGGUGAACGUGGCUGCGCGCAGACAAAGCGGUGGUAGCGAGUCUGGGGCAGGAGGCCAGGAGGGAGCGCUGGGAGGGCUGAGCCGCCGGUGCUGGGCUGUCCCGAAGUCGCUCAGGUGGGGGGGGCUUGUUGCGCUCAGCCUCAGCCCGGCUCCUCCCCGUCACCUGCUGCUGCCUCGCCGGGGAGCAGGGACACGCGGCUGCUGGCUGCCCCCAGGCCCGCACCGCCACCGCCGGGGCUCCUGUGCGGGGCGUGGGGCAGAGCGGUGCCGCGUGUGCAGGUUCCAAACCUGGCACCUUCCUAGGAGCUCAGAUGUAGGGAGAAAAUUCCUUUGUGCAAGCCGGGGGGAGCUGCACAAAGUUGUGCCGCGAUUUUAAUGCAUGAAUGGCAGCUGAGCAUGGGGGGGGUUCCAGAGCCGGAGCUGUGCUGCUGCCCGUGGGGCUCUGUGCCUGCUCCCUGUGCUGUUCUCAGUGCUGCUCCCGUCCUCCCCGCGGCGCUCAGCCCCCGGUUCCCGCAGCAUUCCCCCCCCGGCCCCGUGCCGGCGGAGCCGCCGAACAGCCGCGCUCUUCAUGCCGAUUAUUUCAAUCACAAACGUGUCUUGUCUCCCCGGCCGAAAUUUCUUUCAUAGACGGCGGAAAGUGAAAUUUGUGCAAUGUCUGUAGGAGGCUGAAGAAAGGCCCUUUGUGCGCCCUGUGCGCGGGGCAUUGGGCAGCCUCCAGCAGCACCCUCCGCCACCCCAGCGCUCCCGGCUCGCGAGAUGAAUGCUGCGCUUGUCCGGAGAGCGGGACCUGCUCUUAAAGCCGGAGCCGGGCCCCCUGGCUAGUCCCACCGGUGCGGGCACGGCUCGGCCGAGGCAGCCCCCCGGGUACCCCAUGGUGAGGGCAGGUGCCGGGCUGUGGCCGCACGAUGUUCCUGUACUGGAAGAAGCGGGGUGCGUACGAGCUGGGGGCUCUGCCCCCCGUGCUGGCGGGCGUGGAGUACGGGGCGGUGGAGCGCUUCUCCUGGAGCUCCAGCCUGGACAUCAGCGAGCAGCUGGCGGACGAGCAGUGCCCAGCAGAAGAGCAGGGGCUGCUCUGCCAGAACCCCAACUGCACCGACAAGAGGAGAGCGGCCAAGGUAUGCCACCACGCCGAGUGCCAGCAGCUGAACCGCAGCAGCCCGCUCAGCCUGUGUGAGGCCUGCGACGGGCACCUGCACGAAACCAUGCACUUUGAUGGGCACAUCCGCUUCGAUCUGCCCCCGCCAGGCUCCAUCCUGGCCCGCAACGUGUCCACGCGCUCGUGCCCGCCGCGCACCAGCCCUGCCUCCGACGUGGAGGAUGACGACGAGGGACCGGCAGACGGGAGAGGGGACAGGAGAAGCUCAGCGCUGAAGCUGCCUAAGAAGAAGGCUCGGCGCAGGCACACGGACGACCCCAGCAAGGAGUGCUUCACCCUCAAAUUCGACCUGAAUGUUGAUAUUGAGGCAGAGAUCGUGCCGGCCAUGAAGAAGAAGUCCCUGGGGGACGUGCUGCUGCCAGUCUUCGAGAGGAGGGCGAUCGAGCAGAGCAAGGUGGACAUCUACCUGGACCAGUCCAACACGCCGCUCUCCCUCCAGUUUGAGGCGUACCGCUUUGGGGGACACUACCUGCGGGUGAAAGCCAAGCCCGGGGAUGAGCUGAAGGUGGAGCAGGCAGCGCGGGACGCGCGCUCGGCCAGCCUGCCCAUCCUGCGCCCCGCCGGCACCGCCGCACUCCUCGGGACGGGGCUGGAGCCAGGGCUGGGCCGCAGGGAGGGCACCGACAUCCUGGCUCCAGGCAGGCGGCGGAAGAACAUGACGGAGUUCCUGGGGGACGCCAGCAUCCCCAGCCCUGAGCCAUCCCUGCACAGCAGCGGCUCUCUGCCCACCAAUGGCACUGACACCUGGAAGAACCGUGCUGCCAGCCGCUUCAGCGGCUUCUUCAGCUCCGGCGCCAGCACCAGCCCCUUUGGGCGGGAGGUGGACAAGAUGGAGCAGCUGGAGAGCAAGCUGCACACCUACAGCAGCUUCGGGCUGCCCAAGCUGCCACCGCAGCUCCGCUUCGACCAGGACUCCUGGGAGGAGGACGGGGACGACAGCAGCCUGGUGCUGGAGGACAGCUGGCAGCAAAUCAUCGAGGGCACAGAGACCCUGACGCGCCGACAGUGCCACCAGCAGGAAGCCAUCUGGGAGCUGCUGCACACUGAGGCCACCUACAUCCGCAAGCUAAAGGUCAUCACCGAUCUCUUCCUCUGCUGCCUGCUGAACCUGCAGGAGUCGGGGCUGCUGUGCGAGGUGGACGCUGAGCGCCUGUUUGGCAACAUUGGGGAGAUCAUCCAGCUGCACCGCAGCCUGUGGAGCAGCAUCAUGGCCCCGGUGCUGGACAAGGCCCGCCGGACCAAGAUGCUGCUCGACCCCAUGGACUUCCUCAAGGGCUUCAAGAUGUUUGGAACGCUCUUCAAGCCCUACAUCCAGUACUGCAUGGAGGAGGAGGGCUGCAUGGAGUACAUGCGUACGCUGCUGCGCGACAGCGAGCUCUUCCGUGCCUACGUGACGUGGGCCGAGAAGCACAAGCAGUGCAGCCGCCUGAAGCUCAGCGACAUGCUGGUGAAGCCGCACCAGCGCCUCACCAAGUACCCGCUGCUCCUCAAGUCCGUGCUGAAGAAGACGGACGAUGCGCGCACCCGCGAUGCCAUCCUCACCAUGAUCAGCUCUGUGGAGCACUUCAUCAACCACGUCAACUCGCGGAUGCGCCAGCGGCAGGAGCAGCAGCGCCUGGCCGCCAUCCUCAGCCGCAUCGAUGCCUACGAGGUGGUGGAGGGCAGCACAGAUGAAGUGGACAAGCUGCUGAAGGAGUUCCUGCGCCUGGACCUGACGGCCCCCAUGCCUGGCACUUCCCCGGAUGACACCCGGCAGCUCCUGCUCGAGGGCAGCCUGAAGAUGCGGGAAGGUAAAGACAGCAAGAUGGACGUCUACUGCUUCCUCUUCACUGAUCUCUUCCUCAUCACCAAGCCCGUCAAGAAGGCUGAGCGCACCAAGGUGGUCCGACAGCCCUUGCUGGUGGACAAGGUCAUCUGCCGGGAGCUGAAGGACCCAGGCUCCUUCCUCCUCAUCUACCUGAAUGAGUUUGGCAGCGCCGUGGCUGCCUACACCUUCCAGGCCAGCGGGCAGUCGCUGUGCCGCAGCUGGGUCGAGGCACUGCACAACGCACAGAACCUGCUGCAGCGGCUACGGCUGCAGGAGCAGCAGCGCGGGCAGUGCCGGCGCCUGCAGGAGGAGGAGGAAGACGAGGAGGAGGGUGAGAGCAGCACCUCAGCCGCCAGCUCGCCCACGGUGCUGCGCCGCAGCAGCGCCAGCCUGGACUCCCAGCAGUGCCCCUCGGACGGCUCCACCGAGACCAUCUCAGUGGUAGUGGUGGACGGUGGUGAUGAGCUCUCCUCCCCGGACUCGGACGUGGGGCCAUUUGGCUCGCCAUCAGACAGCACCUCUGUCAGCACCGGCACCUCCGUGAGCACCAACACCGGCACCUCCGGCAGCACCCCAACCCGCGAGCUGCCCUUGGGCAGCCUGCCCCUGCCCCACAGUGUCGCCCCACAGCCCGGCAGCUGCUGCUCAGUGUCCAUUGACAGCGCCUAUGGCACGCUCUCGCCCGCCUCGCCACGGGACUUCCCCCGGCAGCAGGACGUGGGGGCCGAGGAGGUCCAAGAAGCCCUGGCCCCACGGCCCCCCUCCCCCCGGCUGCGCCGCCGGAUGCCUGUGCAGCUCCUGCCCUGCAAGGCCCGAGUGCUCAAGUCCAAGUCAGAGGCCAGCCUGCUGCAACUGCUGGACGGACCCCCUGCCCCACUCAGCCAGAGCCGGAGCCUCUCUGACCUGUGCGUGGCCCCCCCCGGGCCCCCACUGCUUCAGCGGACUAGCCAUGCCCCAGGGCACCCUGCCCCCAGUGCCGGCAGCAGCAGCAGCAGCGGUGACUCCGCUUCAGAGCUCUCAGAGCCAGAGGAGCUCGUGGAGAGCACCGGGCCCCCCCUGGGCCAGCCCGGCCACAGCCCUCAGCCCCCCGCCCACCACACGCUCUCAGACUCCUCAUCAGCACAGCACCGCAAGCUGACACUGGCACAGCUCUACCGAAUCCGGACCACGCUGCUCCUCAACUCCACGCUGACGGCCUCGGAGGUCUGAGAGCUGCCAGGGCAGUGAGGAUGAGGAUGGACGUGCGGCUGCUCCAAGAGCUCCUCCUGCUUCUAACUGUACCGUAACGCCGGAGCUGGGCAGAGCGGGUGCCCACCAGCUGGUGCCAGGAUGUCACACGUGGGGACAUGGAGCAGUCCCCUCUGGGAGGACGUGUCCCGGCAGGGCAGCACCAGGCUGCCCAUUGCUACCCAGGGGUGUCCGUGUGGGGGUGGACGUGGCACACAGUGCGGCCAUGGGGCUGCGCCUGGGGAGGCCGUGGGCUGAGCGGCUCCGCGUGGGGAGGAGGGAUGGCGACGUCGGCAGCGGGGAGCAGGGAAGGUGUGAGAUGGCUGCGGGGCGGGCAGCACAGGGCUGCUGGCACUUGAGACGGGAGGCUGGGGGUGGUGGCACGAGGGGACAGGGCCGGGCUGGGGCUGGCAGCGGCCACAGGGUCUGGCCAGGGCAUGGUUUGGUGGCCAGGGCGAGGAGCGUGGGAGCUGCGGAGGCCGAGUGCUGGGUGCCAUCCUGUGCCGGGCUGUGGGGAGCUGCUGCCCGUGGACACAACCUGCACUGGAGUGGGGCAUCGCUGCAGAGCGUGUAUUUAUUGAGCUUCAGGCUGUCCCCGCAGCCGUGCUGCCUGCUGGCACUGGGAGGUGGCGGUGGCUGCACCGUGGGCAUGCGCUGGCCAUGGCACCUGUGCUGGCUGCGGUGCGGUCCGGCCAAGCAAUAAACCUAGCUGUGUGCA